AUGCCUACUACGCUAGACGGCCGUUGCGUCUGCAGCAAGCUGCAGUACUCCGUCGAACUCGACUCCCCAGACGACGCGAGAACAUCGCUGUGCCACUGCUCAAGCUGCAAACGGGCCUUCGGGACCAACUACGGCCUGACCACCAAGGUACGUCGCACAUCUCUCCUCCCUCUCACAGAAGCGAAACCGACCGUCGCAGGUGCCACUGGAGGGCUUCUCCUACACCGAGGGCGAGCCGCGCAAGUUCAACAGGACAACGGCGUGAUCCGUGAGUUCUGCGGCGACUGCGGCGCCUUCACUUGCGAAUACGGAGAGGCCGCGGCCGACAAGUUCCGGUACGUCGUGUGGGGGACGUUCGACGAGCCGGACAAGGUGCCGCCGAGGGGCGAGUUCUUCUGCUCGCAGCGCGAGGGCUGGAUGCCGCAGAUUGAAGGUGUUUUCCAUAAGCAAGAGAUCAAACAGUGA